AUAACUAAAAGAUUGAUUUAAAACAGAUUUCUUGAGAUUUGAAGCAAAGCAUAGACAAUUUAUAAUUUAUUGACGAUUCAAAAUGGUGGCUGCGUGUGAUGCAUGUUUUCCCGCUUCUAAGGGUAUUCAGAUGAGAAGGGAUGGCAACGCUAGAGCUAACAGCCACCCCUGGAGGAGAGAACCGCCUAUUGUCAUUGAGGGUCACACCAGAACAGGAAAUAGCUAUCUACGCAUUCUUUCAAAUCAAUGGAUGGACGAUCAUCACUGAAGAGGUCCCAAAGCAGUGUGAAAUAUGUCAGAAAGCGAUUAAUGGGGAGACCCCAGAACCUACACAUUGCCAGAAAUGUCAGAAGGUGAUAGAAGUGGAGUCCAAGCAAACUGAAACAGAAUCUCAGGAACAGACAGCUGUUAUUCAGCAGAUAACACAACAGCCCAAUCAUACACAACAAGGCUCUGUCAUAGCCCUUCAAGAUCAGAUGGGAAGAAAAGUAGUAGUUGUUGGAAACACAAUGACAAUGACAAAUCAGAAGAUUCAGGCAUUACCACAGCAAUCAAACAACAAUGAAACAAUCAUUAUUGAACGUAUACUGGAAGCAAACCAGCAGCAAAAGGCAGAUGUUGAGAGGGCCCUGGGGGUAACAUUGCAGAAAGGUGAUGUUGAGGCUGUACCCCCAAAGAUCUAUAACAUGAACAACAGUGCAGAGAACAGGCCGUACAAGUGUGAGGAUUGUGGGAAGCAUUUCAGAAAAAAGACGCAUGUCUUAGCUCACAUGAAGUACCACAAUGGAGAGACACUGCCCAAAUGUGAUGUCUGUGGGAAGGAGUUCCUUUACAAGCACAAUUUGAUUUCCCAUGCAUCCAUCCACAGUGGGGAGAGGCCUUACCAAUGUAGUGCAUGUCCCAAAAACUUCCGCCGCAAAGAUGACUUACAAAUCCACAUGCGGACCCAUACUGGAGAACGUCCGUAUAAAUGUGACAUUUGUGGAAAGUGUUUUACGACACAGAAUCAGCUCCCCAAACACAAACGUACUCACACAGGUGAGAAGCCGUACCAGUGCACAGUGUGUAAUAAGAGUUUCCGCACUAAGCCCCACCUGGAGAAACAUCACAGAACACACAGUGGAGAAAGGCCAUACAGCUGUCAGGAAUGUGGACGUGCCUUCACACAGAAUGCUCAUUUGAUCGCACAUCAGCGAACACAUACUGGAGAAAAACCGUUCGAGUGUGACGAGUGUGAUAAGGCAUUCAAAGAGAGCAAGACCUUAAAACGUCACAAGCUCAUCCACAAAAACGGCAUGCCGUUCAGCUGCCCUAUCUGCUACAAAGGAUUUCUGAGACAGCAGAACUUGGAGGUUCACAUGUGUGUCCAUUCAGAGGAUGAGCCAAAGUACAAACGCAAACUUCGCCUCAAACGGGAAAUGAUGGAGCGACUCCGAGCAGAAGACGAAGCUGAGGGAGGGCUGCAGAUGGACGUGAGUGGCGAUUUCUCAGCCUUAAAUCACGAUCACAUGGAGAUGGUGAAAAGUCGUAAGACAGAGGGAAUAGAGGAACUCAGCAUGGAGAGCCAGAAUAUCAUUGAGGAGGAGGUAUCGGGACUGGAUCACGAUCAUCUGGGACUGGACACCAAAGAGGAGACUGAGGCGGCCACACAGAAGGUGUCUGAGGAAAAUGGAGAGAUGGUGAUUGAUGCAACAGAAGACACUAAUCAGAACUCCAUUGCCAGCAGUCUCCUUACCCUGGUAGAGAUGAUCACUAGUGCUGAGCAGGGUGGGGCCCAGGCAGCUAAUGUCCAGCAUAUACAGCAGGUGCCAGGUGAUGUAAGUACCGAGCCCUCUCCUGCUAAUUCUGUCAUCACAACAGCAGCUGUUCAGGGAGUAGACAGUAAAGACCUGCUAAUUCCUAGCAGCAACCAGACAACUGGGGUCAUUCAGAAUGUCCUAAGUCAAGAUCAGCCUACAGAUAUAAGUCAGACGGAUGGACUGGCACAGAACAUCAUUAUAACAGAAGUUGAUGGCAGUGAACAACAGAUAAUCCAGACAAUGACAGGGGAGUUUGGGGAUGGAGAAACUUACGUGGUCCAGUAUGUCCAGGAAGAUUCCUGAGUGUGACAGACAGACAAGCGGACAAACACUCAAUAAUGUGUAGUUAUAAAACACUGAAAUUUAUAUAUGUUCUCUUGUACUCAAUUCCUCCUAAAAUUGUGUUUGCAUUAAUACAUUAAUACAUUUCUUCUUUCAAGAUUUUGUUAUGCCUUAGGCCUCAAACUUCUUAAAUUUGUCUCCUGAAUUAUUUUGUCACUGUGACUAUAUUUGUAUAAUACUUUGAUGUGCAUUUUUUUGUUGUUGAGACAUAUGUUUAUGAGUGUAAUGUAAGAUAGAUAACUCUUACAAUGUAUUUCAUCUUCAAAAUAUUCUCCUGUAUGGUAGACUAAGUUUACUUGAUUUUCUUUUUAAUUUCCAUCUUUUCUAAGGAAAUUGUUAUCAUUACGAGUUAUUAAGCAGGGAGUUACUUCCCUUUAUUGAAUAUGCAUUAUACUUGUUUAAAUGACUGAGAAUUGUAAAUUCUUUGUUUAAUGUCUAAAGAACAUGAUGGAAUAGACCAAGACAAGUGAGUAAUUUAAAAAAGAACAAAAAAAGAAAAGAAUUUCAUAUGCCUGUUAACCUCGUUGAAAGACUGAGUGCAAGUGAUUAGUAUUACUAGUACAUUGUAAUAGAUGUACCAAAUACUAGGAUCUUCUAAAUAAUGAAAGUAAAAUCCAACAGGUGUACUACAUCAAAUUGAAGUUGGCAAAUUGACCAUUUCCAUUUACUGUAUAAGAGAGUGUAUUGAUCUAUUGACAAUCUACUAGAUGUAACAGAAAAUGUAAAUUUGUCAUACUUUAAAUCUUUGGCAUGUUUCAUGAUAAACAUGCAUGCAUUUAUGUAAAAAGCCAUUCAGAUUUUUAAUUUAACCCUGGAAUGACAAAAUGCCAGGGACUUUUUUACAUAUACUAUGUAUAUUUGAAUUAUUCCUCUAUACUGUAUAACUAUUGCUGUGUCUUUGAAGUUGCUUUUUUGUUUUGAUCUUUCAUUGUUCCAUCUUAUUAUCAUUCAUGAUGAAGUGACAGCUGUUUUAUUAACAGAAUCUUUCAAUCCCUCAAAAUCACAUAUAUUAGAAAAAUAAUAUUAGUUAUUAUCGUAGAAAUGUGUAAAUCAAUUAGCUAGAAAAUACACCCCCCCCCCCAAAAAAUUGAUCUUUCUCAAACAGCUGUUGCUUCCUCACUGACAGUUUGUCCAAAUGUUCUUGUUAUAUUAUGCUGUUAUCCAUGUUAAUAAAACACAGUAAAAUGUA